UGCUAAUAUGCACAUCUAACCUCUCAUCGCUUGGAGAAGGUUUGGUCGCGUGUUCGUAUAUUCUGAUUGUUCUUAUGUUUUAUUACUGUUCUAAUGUUAUUAAUGUUUCUAGAUGCCGGAGAUGAACAGCCGUCGCAGCAAGAUCGUUAUAGGUCUGACCCUACUCCUUCUCAUCACAAUCAUAGCAAUAGCCGUUAUUCUGACCCUGUCCCUGUCCAAGACACACACUAAAGCAGAGGAUAGCGUUGCAGCGGAGAACGGAGGUGCACAACCGACCACAGUAGUGACAGAGACUGAAGAAGAGACCACACCUGAAGAAAAUACCACAUCUGACGUAGAAAUGGUACCUACCACUAAAGCAAAGGAUAGUGUUGCAGUGGAGAACGGAACUGCAGAACCGAAAACAGAGCUGACUGAUGGUGGGGGAGGCGGUGAAGACGAUGCAAAAGAAGUGCCCGAAAAAGAAACCACUACAGGUCCAGUAGUAACCGAGGCUCCUGAGGCUCCUGAGGCUCCUACCGAGGCUCCUGAGGCUCCUACUGAGGCUCCUGAGGCUCCUACUGAGGUUAAUGAGGCUCCUACUGAGGUUAAUGAGGCUCCUACUGCAACUGAAGAAUCAGGAUUGGACGAACUGAACGUGUUCCCAAUUAAUGAGAUAUCUACAGAAGUUGCAUCAGUCCCAGAAGACGAAGAAGCCAUGGAACCUGAAGAAACAACAAAAGAACCUUUACCAGACAAAGAGACCGCACCUGAAAAAGAGACCGCACCUGAAGAAGAGACCGCGACUGAAGAAGAGACCGCACCUGAAGAAGAGACCACACUUGAAGAAGAGACCGCACCUGAAGAAGAGACCACACUUGAAGAAGAGACCGCACCUGAAGUAGUAACCGAGCCUGAAGAAGAGACUGCACCUGAAGUAGAAAUCGUACCUGAAGUAGUGACCGAGCCCGAAGAAGAAAUCAUUUCAGGUCCAGUAGUAACCAAAGUUGUUAAUGAGGCUCCUACUGCAACUGAAGACUCAGACCAAGAUGUAACAGAUAUAGUUAUAGAAGAUUUUUCGUUCCCAACUAAUGAGACAUCUACAGUUGUACCAGUUCUCACAGAAGACGAAGAAGCCAUGGAACCUGAAGAAACAACAGAAAAACCAGCUGAAGAAGAGCCUUUACCAGAGACCGCACCUGAAGUAGUGAUCGCACCUGAAGAAGAGACCACCCCUGAAGUAGAAACCGUACCUGAAGUAGUGACCGAGCCUGAAGAAGAGACUGCACCUGAAGUAGAAAUCGUACCUGAAGAAGAGAUCACACCUGAAGUAGCGACCGCACCUGAAGUAGAAACCGUACCUGAAGAAGAGACCGCACCUGAAGAAGAGACCGCACCUGAAGUAGAAACCGUACCUGAAGAAGAGACCACACCUGAAGAAGAGACCACACCUGAAGUAGAAACCGCACCUGAAAAAGAGACCGCACCUGAAGAAGAGACCGCAUCUGAAGAAGAGACCGCACCCGAAGAAGAGACUGCACCUGAAGUAGUGAUCGCAUCCGAAGAAGAGACUGCACCUGAAGAAGAGACCGCACCUGAAGUAGUGAUCGCAACUGAAGAUGAGACCGCACCUGAAGAAGAGACUGUACCUGACGUAGUGAUCGCACCUGAAGAAGAGACCGCACCUGAAGUAGUGAUCGCACCUGAAGAAGAGACCGCACCUGAAGAAGAGACCGCACCUGAAUUAGUGAUCGCAACUGAAGAAGAGACCGCACCUGAAGAUGAGACUGUACCUGACGUAGUGAUCGCACCUGAAGAAGAGACCGCACCUGAAGAAGAGACCGCACCUGAAGGAGAGACUGCGCCUGACGUAGUGAUCGCACCUGAAGUAGUGAUCGCACCUGAAGAAGAGACCGCACCUGAAGAAGAGACCGCAGCUGAAGAAGAGACUGUACCUGAAGAAGAGACUGCACCUGACGUAGUGAUCGCACCUGAAGAAGAGACUGCACCUGAAGAAGAGUCUGCACCUGACGUAGUGAUCGCACCUGAAGAAGAGACUGCACCCGACGUAGUGAUCGCACCUGAAGAAGAGACCGCACCUGAAGAAGAGUCCGCCACUGAAGAAGAGACCGCACCUGAAGAAGAGACUGCACCCGAAGUAGUAAUCACACCUGAAGAAGAGACCGCACCUGAAGAAGAGACUGCACCUGACGUAGUGAUCGCACCUGAAGAAGAGACUGCACCUGACGUAGUGAUCGCACCUGAAGAAGAGACCGCACCUGAAGAGGAGAUCGCACCUGAAGAGGAGACUGCACCUGAAGAGACCGCACCUGAAGAAGAGACUGCACCUGAAGUAGUGAUCGCACCUGAAGAGGAGAUAAAGCCGAACAAGAAACGAUGCCCGGAUGAACCUUAUAAGAAAAAGAGUAGGAAAUGCUUGCUUGAGGAAUGGGAAAAGAAAGAAUGUGCCGGCAGGGAUGGAGUUAUGAAUAUAGCAAGUAGUACUUGUGCGGCCUGGAGUAGGCGUUGUAGUAGCGAACAAAAGGAUAAGUCUUGUUGCAAGGCUAUUUAUUGCUUUGGGGUAAAGAUAAGAGAAGAUUUUCCUAAUUUUGAAGGGUAAAGAAAUUAUGGGUACAAAUCAGAUAGUAUAUUGAACCUCCCGAUUUCAGCAGACGAUUCAAAAUCGAUGGACUUAAAUAUCGAAUUGGCCACAGCGAUCUAGAAAUUCCUGAAUUUGAUUGCGAAAUUUGCAACGCUAUGUUUAUGUGGCACUUCAAAUAGGGUCGGCGAAUGUUAGCGCAGCUGAAGAGGACAUUCGAAGAUUAUGUGAUGCGAGCUUGGACUCAUAAAUGGCCUAUUAUAGUGACUUGAUCUUAGGAAACAAUGACCAAAUGAACAUUCUUAAGCUUUAGUCUUGAAGUUUUAACUGAGAUUCACAUUGUGUAAAUAUUCUGAAUUAGUUGUAUCUAUUUGUGAAGUAUUAUUUGCAAUUU